UGUUUUGAAGCCUGCCCUUGAUUUUUUUUUUUUUAGUGGUUUUCUGGGUAUCCAGCACAAUGGCAAGGCUUCUCUACAGCCUUUAUUGCCGCCUGUAUUAGUAACUCUGGAGAGCUGCAGAGGUCUUGGUAUGCAGGGGUUGUCUGCUCCUGCCUGGCACAAGUGUUUUUGGGAGGACAUCCAACCAAAGCUGGUCAACUCUGGUGUAGCAAAGUAACAUUAUAAAAAUGGAGUUUUGAGGCUUUUGCUUAAGAUUGAUAUCCCAAACAUGUAUGAAAGCAGUAAGUGGGGGGCACCCUGCUUUUACUGCGUUUUAGAGGAAGAAUUUUAGGAAGAGGAAGACAGUGAGUGUCCUCUCGUGUUCUGUGGUGGGAGAGGUUAUGAUCAAAACCGGUCCCUGCUGUGCUGCGUGUGUAAAUCCCCAGAGUGGUGAGCCCAGGAUCAGAAAGGAUCGGAUGUAAGGAGCAGCCAGCGAGCGUCUUGGAGGUUGGCCAAAGCCUCUUGGGUGAAGUGAGACGCCCGGUAAGAGUUAACUUGUGGUGAGUGUGUUGUAAGGUCUCUGGGCUUAAUGGGAGCCUGGUGUUGAGCAAGGGCAGGAGCUCACAUGUUCAAUCCGGUGUCGGGGUGGGACUUUACAGCCACCGCUUCCCUUUUAAGUAGAAGGGCAGGGCUUGAACAGCCAAUCCCACCCGAGCCGGCUUCGCUCAUAGGCAUGUGUCAUGAGACUCGCUGGCAUUUCCUUUCCACUACGCACUGAAAUUAGCUCCGGGAAUCAUUCAGUUUUACUUCCCUUCCCAGUCGGUCUGAGCAGGGCAGCUGAGUCUCCGGCUCAGAAAGAUGCUCUGCCUCUGCCUCUAUGUGCCGGUGUUUGGGGAGUCGCAGACGGAGUUUGAAUACUUUGAGUCCAAGGGGCUGCCGGCUCAACUCAAAUCCAUCUUCCGACUCAGCCUCUUCAUUCCUUCCCAGGAGUUCUCUACCUACCGCCAGUGGAAGCAGAAAAUUGUGAAGGCUGGAGACAAGGACCUGGAUGGACAGCUGGAUUUUGAGGAGUUUGUUCACUAUCUCCAAGAUCAUGAAAAGAAGCUGAGACUGGUCUUCAAGAGCUUGGAUAAGAAGAAUGAUGGCCGUAUUGAUGCCCAGGAGAUUGUGCAGUCUCUUCGGGACCUGGGGGUCAAGAUCUCUGAACAGCAGGCUGAGAAAAUCCUGAAGAGAAUAAGGACGGGACACUUCUGGGGUCCUGUCACCUACAUGGAUAAAAACGGGACAAUGACAAUUGAUUGGAAUGAGUGGCGAGACUAUCACCUGCUGCACCCAGUGGAGAACAUUCCUGAAAUCAUCCUGUACUGGAAGCACUCCACGAUCUUUGAUGUAGGAGAGAAUUUGACCGUCCCUGAUGAGUUCACGGUGGAAGAGAGACAGACGGGGAUGUGGUGGAGACAUCUGGUUGCAGGUGGAGGUGCAGGUGCCGUGUCCAGAACCUGUACUGCUCCCUUGGACCGCUUGAAAGUGCUCAUGCAGGUUCAUGCCUCCCGCAGUAACAACAUGUGCAUCGUUGGUGGUUUCACUCAAAUGAUCCGAGAGGGUGGGCCAAGGUCACUGUGGCGAGGGAACGGCAUUAACGUGUUGAAGAUCGCACCGGAAUCUGCCAUUAAGUUCAUGGCCUAUGAGCAGAUCAAGCGGUUCAUUGGUACUGACCAAGAAAUGCUGAGGAUUCACGAGCGGCUGUUGGCUGGUUCCCUGGCUGGGGCCAUUGCACAGAGCAGCAUCUACCCCAUGGAGGUUCUGAAAACCCGGAUGGCUCUAAGGAAGACAGGACAAUAUUCGGGCAUGUUGGAUUGUGCCAAAAACAUCCUUUCGAAGGAAGGAAUGGCUGCCUUCUACAAAGGCUACAUCCCCAACAUGCUGGGGAUCAUUCCCUAUGCUGGCAUUGACCUGGCAGUCUAUGAGACACUAAAAAAUGCCUGGUUGCAACGUUAUGCUGUCAACAGCGCCGACCCCGGAGUCUUUGUCCUGCUGGCUUGUGGCACCAUCUCCAGUACCUGUGGGCAGCUCGCCAGUUACCCGCUGGCUUUGGUGAGGACACGCAUGCAGGCCCAAGCUUCAGUGGAGGGUGCUCCUGAAGUGACGAUGAGGGGACUGUUUAAACACAUUCUGAAGACAGAGGGAGCGUUUGGUCUUUACCGGGGUCUGGCCCCCAACUUUAUGAAGGUGAUCCCAGCUGUCAGCAUCAGCUACGUGGUUUAUGAGAACUUGAAGAUGACUCUGGGCGUGCAGUCACGGUGACCAGGAGAUGCCGAGGACUUUGAACUCUGAAAUCUUGGGGUGCCAUCCCAAGACGUAUAGCCAUCUCUCAUUCUGUGAAUGUGUCGACACUAAGCUGACUAAGCAAAGCUGUGAAAUCUCAGAUCGUUUGUGAGUCAGUAAGGGGGAGGGGAGGAUCUGGUGUCCUUUGCCAUCUUGCUACUCAGAGCUCCACAGAAACCAUCACGUGGUCCUUUUCAUUGGGCCUCUUGGGAGACCAGGGGGUGAACUCCUGGGAAGUAGCUUAAAGCAUGAGUUGCUGAGGUCAGUUCCCAGCAGGAUGGCAGAGAGCAAAGAUUUGGGUAACAGGUCUGCUUUCAGCAUAUUGAGCAUGCAGAGCUGUUUGCCUGCAGAUGAGCACCUUCUGACUUGCCGAAAGAGCUUCUUGUUCCAUUCAGAGAGCUUCUUUUUUCCAUUCAGUUGUUUAACUUCCUACCCGUUGUUUCAAUUUGUACAAACCUUGUGUAGGAGCUUCUGCCACACCGGGCUUGUCGUUAUGUUUACAUAUAUUCCUUUGGGUAGGAGACAUUCAUGUUCUGCUUCCAAGACUUGACAUGAAAUGUAACUUCGAACUAUACUGGUUUUGAGGGCUGGUGGGCAGUGGUUUAUUAUCUGGUCAGGUUGAAGGUUACUUAGGCCAGCCUGAUGAAGAAUUAGGAUUAUUUAUUUUUUUAUAGGUUUAAGUGUGUCUCAUAAAUCCACUAACAAGAUGCACUUACUAACAGCAGCAGCAGACCGGAGCCUGCAUGCCUGUAUCCUUUGCAUGCCGGGAUUGGCUUGUCUUAUACUCAGCAGGGGCUUGGAAAGGGGAAGGCAGGAGAGCCCUGGAUGGACUGGCACCUUGAUGCAUGGCUUUAGUCAACAAAAGACAAUUAUUUCACAGCUCCUGUGCAGUUGUGCUCCCAGCACGACAUGAGAGCCCCUGCGCGGCGCUGCAUGGACCUCUGAAUUCCAUUCUGCCUGGUGCCGAGGUGGCCCUUUCCCAAACCCCGUGCCUACGCUGCUAUCUAUCUCUUUAGACCUCUUUGUAGAUUGAUGUUCGGGUUUGCAUUAGCGGGAUGGAGUCCCCAAGCCAGGAGUAUGUCUGCUGUGGGAAGGGCUGUUAGGGAAGAGGGGCUGGUGGUCACUGGGAGAGCUGAGCUUUCAGUCCUGAAGACGUGUUUGCUUUUCUUUCAAAGGGUGCUUUUCAUAAGGCUAAGGGAAAGAGGCGGCUUUAAAAUUUCUCUGUGUUAUGGGCUACUUUAGUUGAUAGGAUCUGGCUUCUGAGGCCUGGGAGAUCCUCAUCCAACUUUUCGUUUUGGGCAAAAUGGACCAGCGUUGCAUUCCACUGUUUUACUGCUUAAAGCAUAUUUAUUUUGUAUUUAUUUGAACAGAGUUAUGUCAGACUAUUUUUAUAGACUUGUUUAAAUAUUGUUACUGUGCUUGUAUUUCUCCUGUUUUAAAAAAGUUCUCUGUUUGUUCUCUUAUAUCACACAGCUGAGCCGUGGGGAGGGAUGUGAGAGGCCGUUGCCUACCUUCCCUUUGGGGCUCGAGCUGCCUUUCCCACGUCUGGGGUUGUUGCUGGAGGACCUCAGCCCAGAGAAAUUCAGUAGUGAGAAGCCAUAGGAGAGAAGGGAAGUGGUGAGGAAGCAGUGCUUUGGGAGGAGGGGGAAGAGGGUGCACCCUGAGGCUCGCCUUAUUUUGGAACUGCCUCUGUGCGUGGCUGGAAGGGUUUCAGGUGGACGGCUGGAGGUGGGAAGUAGAAGGUCUGUGUAUGUUGGAGGUCACAACGGCUGAUGGAGAGCGGUCUUGGGGAAUCAUUAGGUAAGGGGGGAGGGGAGAAAUCUCAGGGACUAAAUGAAAAAACACAAGUUUCCAGAGAGAUGGAAGGAAACUUGCACUUGGACACAAGCUGCUGCAGUUGCACUUUGAGGCUGAAUCAGCAGAGCUGCUGCUGAGCCGGUGCUCUUCACGUAGAAGCGGGCACUGGAGGAACAGGAGAGAAAUUGGGAAAGGAUUUGCCAGCACUCAGCAGCUACGCUUGCUGACAGCUUUUGGUGGUUCAUGGAGAGCCUUCCAGGUGAGGCUCUUCCUUGACUACCCAGUGCUGUCAGUAAUUAGUCACACGGAAAUCUGACCAAUCUGCAUUAGUGAUAUGAUUUUUUUCCACCCCCCCACUUCUUGAGACCUGUCAUAAAUUCUGCAGUGGCUCCUUCCUACCAGUGUGGCCUAAAUGGGAAUAUGAAUAUCAGAAUGCAAAAAUCAAUGCAAAAUGACAACCAUCUUUGUAGCUGUAACCACAAAUUGUUAUAAUGCAAAUCUAACUCGGAUUCUUCAUGUAGGGAACAGUCUGCUAAUAAAGGUCUGUCAAAGAGA